AUGUCUAGCGGUCUAACCAAACACUGCAGUAAGUGUGACCGACCGGACACGGCAGACAAUCUAGUUGGGUGCGAUCUAUGUGAUACAUGGAUGCACUAUGGGUGUGCGAAAGUCACAGAUUCCAUCGCGGACGUGAAUCGGAGCUGGAAGUGUGAAAGGUGCCGUGGUCGUGAGGAAGAUACGAUUUCCCGCGCAACAACCUCGAGUAGGCGGUCAUCCCGCGCAGAACUCGGUCUGAUGAUGAUGGAAGAGCAGAAGGCAUUACGGUUGCGACGAAUCAUGGAGGAAGAGGCGGCGAAGGCAGCCGCCAGAAACCGGAUCGCCGAUGAAGAAGAAAGGUUUCUACGCAAAAAGUAUGAAUUGCUUCUGGCCGAAGCGGACGAAGCAGAGGAUGGAGUCAGUCGGAAAUCUAAACUGAGUAGUCGAGCAAGCCGUGAAAAAGUUCGGUCGUGGCUUAGCGAGCAGGAAGUCGGCACAGCUCAGCAAGGGACAGUGCCAGCCAGCAAGCGGGCGCCAUCGCCAUCUACAAUGUUAGCUCAACAGUCGACAAUUCCGAUACCAACUACCACACCUGUAUUUGCCGCCAGUACACCGGUCAUCGUAGAACCGCACCCAGCAUCCACUUCCACGCCAAACUCAGCCGAUGACAUCCAACAAGCAAGGAACCAAACGCUUCCGCCUAAAUUGGUACCAGUAACAACAACCGGUAAUUUCGUUUCCCGUACCGAAAUAACAUUCUCCAAACCUCAAUUACCGUUGGUGAGUACACCGUUAUUGGUCAGAUCCAGUUCUUCUAACGGGAUGAAUAGUAUCGUCACAAGUGGUGUUGGAUUAGUUCAGCAGAAGAGUGAUCCUCCGUCGAUUGUCCACGAGUUGCCAUCGUCUACUCGCGAUCAUUUAUCAACGAGCGAUGCUGGUAUACCGAUAAUAACAGGCAGUUCAGUAAAACGUGACAAUCACCCAGUAGUAUUAGUUUCUAGUAGUAAGCAGCCAAAUAGUGAAACUGUAGGUGUCAGUAUGGCAAAAAGAUCUUCCCUUAACUAUGGAUGUCCUAUUGUAUCUAGCGAUAAUGCCACUUUAGUUGCCCCCAAUGCAUUGGACCAAACGCUUUUUUCAACUGUCGGCCACACAACAAUGGGGAAAGAGGGAAUUCCUUUUCUGGGAGGGCCUUCGUUGAAGUACAGUGUUGCUGCUGUUGGAGAUGCUUCGAAAAUAUGUGCACCGAUGACUACUAAACCGUUAUCAUCGUUUCGUAUCUAUGAAGACUACCUGCAUAAGCACUCAAACGUUCCGUUGUCGAUACCAGUAGAGAGUGUGCCAUUGCAUAGUUCCAGUUGCCAACCAACGUGGGUCAAUAAUGGAAUUCCCAGUACAGUCGUAGGGGGUACAGUUCCAACUAGUGUAUCCAGCAGUCUAGUGCAUACGGCUCCGUCGGCGCCAACCAUAUUCAGCAUACCAGUUGUCCAAGCAGUUUCAGACCUGAGGCCUACGAUUGUUCCCCCGAGCGGUGGAAUACAACAACCACAACAAUCGACUACUCCAACCCGAAGUGGACCGUCCGGCGAACAAUUGGCUGCCCGACAAGUGAUGCCAAGAGAACUUCCAAUCUUUUAG